GAAACACAUAGGAAAUGGUGUCGUCGCAUGAACAUUCAUCCUUUGCCCGACAAAAAAUAAUCAAAUCUGACUAAAAACUUUGUUUUAAAAAGUUUCAAAAAUCCAUUUUGUGUCGUCCCUCGAUAGCCUUUUCUUUUUUCUUUUAUUCCCUACCAUCAUCUGUAACUUUCCCAGAUCCUUUUUUUGCCCCCUGUUUUCUUCUGCUCAGUGUUUGUCUGUCGUCCUGAAAAAGAAAACCCUAGCGAAUCUGGGUUUCAUCUAUCUCUAUCGUCAGAUCUAAGUUUCAAGCCCCCACACCUUUUUUUUUCUUUGCCAUUGGAUUUUUUUUUUGUCCAUUUCGAGCUGCUGAAGUGGUUUUCGCUUUGGUGAACAUAUAAACAGCAAAAUGAGUUUGCAUUUGGUUAUGUAGAGGAUGAGAUUUCGAAGAAUCGGUCCUACUGGUUCAGGAUAUCAUUAUCCUGAAAACACACAUCCAAAGUUUUAGAAGGUGAUGUGAGUUCCUCCAUAUGUUACGGCGUCUGGGAUGGUUAAUUGGACUGAGCCAAAGAAGUAGGCAAACAAAGACGCUUGAUGCUGAGCCUUACGUAGCCAGGGUUAAGCCGGUGCUAAUGGUCGACACAGUUCAGGAAAUUUCUAUUUAUAUCCAUAGGUUUCAUAACCUUGAUCUUUUCCAGCAAGGAUGGUAUCAAAUCAAGAUCAGCAUGAGAUGGGAGGAUGGUGAUAACAACUCCUGUGGAAUUCCCUCGCGAGUUGUUCAGUAUGAAGCUCUUGAUACUAGCUCAAACGACUCAUGUGGAGUGUGGAAGAUAGAUGAUCAAGAUAAUAGUUUCUUAACGCAGCCCUUUCGCAUAAAAUAUGCAAGGCAGGAUGUUCGGCUAUGCAUGAUGGUCUCGUUUACUAUGCCACUGGAGAGAUAUGAGGGGUCAGCUUCAUCUGCUGUUAUAUUGAGAUUUGAGCUUUUAUAUUCUCCAAUUAUGGAGAAUAUAUCAGUGACUCAUUCAGAUGCUUGUCCUGCAGCUGUGCAUGAUUUUCGUAUUCCUCCUAAAGCUCUCUCAGGUGUGCAUUCUUACUGUCCGGUGCACUUUGAUACCUUUCACGCAGUUCUUAUCGAUGUAAGUCUCCACGUCAGUGUCAUGAAAUCCGCUGCGUACAAAAGGCCUGCAAUUUUGUCAAGUGACACGAGUAAUGGUAAAAAUUUGGCCAGCGGCAAUGUUCAGUCUUCCAAGAAAGCCUUUGCUCAGAUUGCUUCUGCUGACAAGAAGCUGGUGUCAUUUGUUAAAGCCUUACUUGGAGCUCGUGACACUUUGCUUGAAGAAAUGCAAAGACUUAGCAAGGCAGUUGGUCAAACAAUCGACUUGUCUGAGUUUGUAGCCAGUAUGGACAAUGCUUUUUUGUCUGACUCUGCUUCGACUGGAACAUCUGUUGAAGUUGAAGAUUCAGGACAAGGCAGGCAACAAAAGAAUCUUGAGAAGUUGAAUGGCCAAUUUGAUUUAGAAAGUGACGACUGGCUUCGUAACUUCUCUAAGGAGCACCUAUCGCGCACAUUCCACCUACUGGGCACCCAGCUCCAAUAUCUUUGGAAUAUCUUUCUGACAUUUCAUCGUGACAAUAACUCAAAAACGUUGGAUUAUCUUCGUGAUAUCUGGACAAAGGAUCGAAGAGCUGAGUGGUCAAUAUGGAUGGUGUACUCCAAGGUUGAAAUGCCACAUCAUUUUAUAAGUGGAAUGGAUGAUACUUCAAACCAUAGUUCGCACAAAAGAGCCACAAGUGCGUUGAAUGAUAUUAACAAUCGGGCCGUACAAGACAUGCAUAUAUUUGGCGAUCCUAUGCGAGUUCCUAUUGUUAUCAUUGAACGUGUGUGGAAUGCACCACGGCGUACUUUCAGUGAUAAUUCGUACAUGAGACAUGUUGACAAAAUCGAUUCUAGCUUACUUAAUGGGAAUGAUGAGGAGAGUGGGACAAGAAAGCAUAAUAACUCACAGCAGAGUGGGCGUGAGCUAAAGAUAGUUGGGCAUCACUUAGACCUAAGGCUUGUCCGGAAUCAGUGGCUCCUGAUUGAUCCAAAGAUAGAAUUUCUCAUGUCUGAGGCAAACGAGGAGAAAACACAUGGGGAUUUCAGGGAAAUGGGGCAGAGGCUUGCGCAAGAAGUUGUUUCUUUCUUCAAGAGGAAAAUGGAUAAACAUUCGAGAUACGGUCGCUUAAAAAACGUGAAGCUGAGUUUUGUUGGACACUCAAUAGGCAAUGUCAUCAUCAGAAGUGCUCUAGCAGAUAGUUUGAUGGAACCAUACAGGAAAUAUCUACAUACAUAUCUAUCGCUUUCGGGUCCACACCUGGGUUAUCUAUACAGUUCAAAUUCCUUGUUUAAUUCUGGACUUUGGCUCCUGAAGAAGUUAAAGAGUACUCAGGUUAUUCAUCAGCUUACGCUCACAGAUGAUCCUGAUCUCCAGAAUACUUUCUUUUACAAGCUCUGCAAGCAAAAGACGUUGAACAGUUUCAAGAAUAUAAUUCUCCUGUCCUCGCCUCAGGAUGGGUAUGUUCCAUAUCACUCAGCUCGGAUCGAGUCGUGCCAACCAGCUUCAUUCGACAACUCAAAAAGAGGCGUCGCUUUCUUGGAGAUGCUUAAUAACUGUAUGGACCAAAUACGUGGGCCGUCGCCUGAAACUCCUCACCACCAGAGAGUGUUCAUGCGCUGCGACGUCAACUUCGACACGACCUUGUAUGGUCGGAACCUCAACUCAUUCAUCGGUCGCGCUGCUCACAUCGAGUUCUUGGAGUCUGACAUCUUUGCUAGAUUCAUAAUGUGGUCAUUCCAAGAUCUAUUCCGCUAACAAAUCUUGCUUACGGAUAAACUUUUUUUUUCUCUUUGAGAUAGAGGAAGAUACAAGAAACUGUUGUAUAUUGUAGGAUAAUUCUUUGGUUAGUUUUGUGUUCACGUAGUCGGGUGUGUACUCUGCAGCAGAAGCUGUUAUUUUGUAUGUUACCACAACUCUGGUCUUUGUACGGACUUAAGCUUCUAGAAUAUCUCUGGAUCGUUAAUCUUAAUGAUGAUCUGGCGCAUUAGAUUGAUGCAUUCUUUGGAUUGAAUUGCAAAGCAAGGGAACAAAUAGAUGAAUUAGCUUUUCAUUUGUUAAAU